AUGGCCAGCUCAGCUCAACCACCUACCAGAAUGGCUCCAAAACGGAAAAAUCCACGUAAACCGGUAAAAAACGAGGAGGAUAACUUGUUGCAGCGAGUUUGUGCGAACAAACGAGAACGACAACGGACAAAGGAACUCAACGACGCGUUCUCAAUUCUUCGAAAAAUCAUUCCGUCAAUGCCAUCUGAUAAAAUGAGCAAAAUACACACUUUACGGAUCGCCUCCGACUAUAUACGAUUUCUGGACCAAAUGAAACGAGAUGAUUGCAAAUUGUUUGGCGUCGACAUAUUUGACGAAAAAGGCGGCUAUGGUCUCCAAACGUCGUUCAACAUUUGGAGAGGAAGUCAUGGUUUGACACAGAGCAGCCCCAUGGGUAGGUCGUUUUUUACUGCCUUUUAA